AUGGAAGCCACGUUGACGCAAAAGCUCCUCAACGAAGAACAAACUGACCUUUUCGACCAAGGAGACAAGGGUGAAUUCACACAAGAAAUGGUUCCGGAUGAAGCAAUCCAUACCGCCAGAGUAGCAAGCAGCCUCCUUGGAAUUUGCAUCGGAAUCUUCAUCCAAGGCUCCACUUUAGCGUUGUCCUAUCUGCUAACUGUUUUUGUCGGGUUUGAAGACACCGCUCUUUCUGACCGAGUCUGUUACACUGUGGCAUUGGUUUGGUCAGUAGUUUCCAGCAUGAUGGGCGUGACCGUACUUCUUUUGAUGAGAAGCAUCUUGAUCACAGCAUUUUACUCAACACACAGCGACAUUGAACACAACACAACUCUUGAAGCCAAGGAAGAACUCAUGGCCCAAAUCAUCGACAUCAUCCAGAAAUACUACACGAUCGGCUCGUUGUUUGGAUUUGGCUUGUCAUGGACUGUCGCUGACUACCUUCUGGGCCUCAAAGGCCACCUUUAUCCAAGUUUCGCAACUCUGUCAAUUGCCAUUGUUUGGUACAUUUGUCCUUCCACCAAGUGCGCCUCCUUCAAAGGCCACUGCGGCAAGAUCCAAGAUGAGGAUGGCAAGGAUCACCUUGGCCCCAACAAUGAUAUUUCUGCGGCUUUGGACUUGGAACAUCCGGCUUCCCAGCAGGCCCAGGGCUGA